GAAAGAAAUCUCAGGCAUUCAAUCUACGUUGUUUUCUGUCAUGUUGCCCACAUGAAUUUCGAUUCUGCCUGAUUUUUUGGAGUCCCAUCCGAUUGUAAGGUUGAGAAACUAAUGGGGGAGUAUCUUUGGUAACACGACGUAAAAUGAUAUGUCAAAACGGAUGGACGGGGUGGAUGUAAAGCAAAUACAUCAAGAUGGGCCUCACAGUCAGGGAUACAGAUACACCCCCCUCGGUGGACCCCACAUACUUCCGACCACAGCAACUUCCAGUGGCCGGGAGAGGGGCACCGGGUUUUAACCAAUGAAUCUGCGUCCGAAUGAGCAAAGCUCUCCUUUGGUUUUUCAGCCAGUAAUUAUUGGCAGUCGUAGGGCAACGGAUGAAUCGUUGUGGGGGCAUCCUCCGCUGUUGGUGAGAUCGAAUUCAAAGGAAUCUGUGGAGUACAUUCCCCAAGCACUGUGGCGCACUCGCAACACUGGCCUCGACUCCGCUGACAGAGAUAUCAUUCGCGAUAUGCUUCAGCUCCCAACCGACUCCGACCUCGACCCUCUCUUGGUGUGCCUUCGCAUACUAAUGCGAAGGUGUGUGUGCGAAAAUUUUAGCAAGGAUGAGAUUCAUAAGCUGUUUCCUCAAGAGGUCUCACCUGAAUUACAAAGAUUGCUUACCCUUUUGUUGCAAAAGUUUCAGCGGGAGUGGCGAGAUGAUGCACUCAAGGACCAGGUUUCUUUGCCCCGUUUGAAGGCAAUGACAUGGAAUAUGGCAAACCAAGAUGCAGAAUCCACAGAUCAUGUUGCAGUUAUUAAUUUGAAGCUUCAAGAUGAUACACAGUCUUUAUCAGGGGAAACAGAGGUCAAAUUCCAAUUGGCGAAAGAUACAAUGGAAACAAUGCUAAGGUCCUUGCACUAUAUAAGGAACCAGUUGUCUAAUACUGGAUUAGAUUUGUUGAACUGCCUUCUUUUCAAACCAGGGCACAUCUGCUCUGUGGCCUGCUGGAUGAGAAGCUGGGGGCUCGCACAUGGGACCAACUUGUAGGUUGGAUGGUGAUACAUCAAACAGACAUCUGCAAAGACCAGAAACAAGUUGAACGCUGUAUGUUGAGAUGAAAUGACUGGCAAGGUAUGGUUAGAUUGGCUUACUUAAAACCGUAGAAGGCCAUACUCUACAAGUGGGCUAUAGAAGAAACAUCAAUUCAGUUGACAAUUAUAGCACGCCAAAGCAAUUAUCAUUGAGGGCUCCUGAAUUUGUAUUUUGAUCCAUUUUAUAGUGAUAGCAUCAUUUAAAAAAUUUGCAAAUUGAGUCACUACUGGUUUAUGGUUA